GCCCUGGAGGAGUGGGGCGGGCCACGGAUGGGCCGUUCCGAGGGGUACAGGCUGUCGCAUAGUAACGGGGACUGCGCUGGGCCAGCUGGGGUGUCCGGGCUGGGGGUAUUGUUAGGGCCCGGGACUAGUGAUUGAGGAGGGCAGCGCAGCGCACCCCUGCUUUCUGAAGUGCCAGCUGGGGGCCAGGUGAGGGGCAGCAGAAGGGAGACGGACUUUUCCCUGGAGAGGGAACCACAGACUUAGCUGUGACCUUGGGCCAGGGGACCGCAGGCUAGAGGCCUGGACUGACCGCCUGAGCGCAUCCAGAAACCGCCCGCUGUACACACACGCUGUGGAGAGCUUUGGGAGUCUUGGGCUCUCCCCCCGCUCUCUGACUACAUGUGAAAGAUGGCCAAUGCGGAAGUGAGUGUCCCAGUGGGGGAUGUGGUUGUGCUACCCACUGAAGGAAAUGAAGGGGAGAACCCUGAAGAUACUAAAACCCAAGUGAUCUUGCAGUUACAACCUGUGCAGCAAGGUUUGUUUAUCGAUGGACACUUUUACAACAGGAUUUAUGAAGCUGGGUCGGAGAACAACACAGCAGUUGUGGCAGUAGAAACUCACACGAUACACAAAAUUGAAGAAGGGAUUGAUGCAAGCACUAUAGAAGCAAAUGAGGAUAUGGAAAUUGCUUACCCCAUAACAUGUGGAGAGAGCAAAGCUAUUCUCCUUUGGAAGAAGUUUGUUUGUCCAGGAAUAAAUGUGAAGUGUGUCAAGUUCAAUGAUCAAUUGAUCAGUCCCAAGCAUUUUGUUCAUCUGGCGGGUAAGUCCACCCUAAAGGACUGGAAAAGAGCCAUUCGUCUGGGUGGAAUCAUGCUCAGGAAAAUGAUGGACUCCGGACAGAUUGAUUUUUACCAACAUGACAAAGUUUGCUCCAAUACCUGCAGAAGCACCAAAUUUGAUCUUCUGAUCAGCAGUGCCAGAGCUCCAGUGCCUGGACAGCAGACUAGUGUGGUGCAGACACCCACUUCGGCUGAUGGUAGCAUCACGCAGAUUGCAAUCUCAGAAGAGAGCAUGGAAGAGGCAGGGCUGGAAUGGAACUCAGCUCUCACCGCUGCUGUCACCAUGGCCACUGAGGAGGGCGUGAAAAAAGACUCAGAGGAAAUUUCAGAAGACACUUUGAUGUUCUGGAAAGGGAUAGCUGAUGUAGGGCUGAUGGAAGAGGUUGUCUGCAAUAUACAAAAGGAAAUAGAGGAAUUACUCAGGGGAGUUCAGCAGCGGCUCAUACAGGCUCCCUUCCAGGUCACAGAUGCCGCUGUUCUCAAUAAUGUAGCACAUACAUUCGGCCUAAUGGACACAGUCAAGAAGGUUUUGGACAACAGGAGGAACCAAGUAGAACAGGGAGAAGAGCAAUUUCUCUAUACUCUGACAGACUUGGAGCGCCAGUUGGAGGAACAGAAGAAGCAAGCUCAGGAUCACAGGCUGAAAUCCCAGACAGUUCAAAAUGUGGUACUGAUGCCCAUGAGCACUCCCAAGCCUCCGAAAAGGCCCCGGCUCCAGCGGCCAGCCUCUACCACCGUCCUGAGCCCUUCUCCUCCUGUCCAGCAACCUCAGUUCACCGUCAUCUCCCCCAUCACCAUUACCCCAGUGGGUCAGUCGUUUUCCAUGGGCAAUAUUCCAGUGGCCACCCUCAGCCAGGGCUCCAGUCCUGUGACUGUGCACACACUGCCUUCUGGCCCUCAGCUCUUCCGCUAUGCCACAGUGGUCUCCUCUGCCAAGAGCAGCUCACCAGACACAGUGACCAUCCACCCGUCGUCUAGCUUGGCACUGCUGAGCUCCACUGCCAUGCAGGAUGGGAGUACCCUGGGCAACAUGACCACCAUGGUGAGCCCUGUGGAAUUGGUGGCCAUGGAGUCCGGCCUGACCUCAGCAAUCCAGGCAGUCGAAAGCACCUCAGAGGACGGGCAGACCAUCAUCGAAAUCGACCCAGCCCCAGACCCAGAGGCUGAGGACACUGAUCGCAAAGCUGUCAUCCUGGAGACCGAGCUGAGGACUGAGGAGAAAGUCGUGGCAGAGAUGGAAGAGCACCAGCACCAAGUCCACAAUGUGGAGAUUGUGGUCUUAGAGGACUAACUGGGAAUUUGGGGGCCAGGAGAUAUAUUUUGGUUUGGGAUUUUAAUUAUUUGUUUGUUUUUGUCAUUGUCCCACUCAUUUCCACUUAGGAUCCUUUUUUUUUAAAAAAAAGAAACAAACAAAAAACAGCAACAUAAUUUUGUUGUAACUGAAAAUGUUGGGUCCCUCCACCUUGUCACUGAAAAAUGGACAAAAACAAGCUGCCCUUCUGAAGUUAGGUCACUCAAUGUCCUAAUCCUUUUAUACCAAGAAUGUUAUUUCUUUUAGGUGAGCCACCAUGAUGACCAGAAAUCCUGUCGAGGAAGCCCUUUCCAACCUAGUCUAUCUGUGCACUCAUACGGUUUUGUUCUUAUAAAGGUGUGUUGACCAAACUGUGGAACACAGAUCUGACACUGGACGGCAACUCACUCAGAUGUGGAUGCUGGGGGAUACUUUAUUUUGUAUCCUGUAGAGGGUCCCCAGAAGCCAGUGCAAAACUCUGAGAUUAAAAGAAGUUGAAUUCUGCUUGGAGGGAAUUCUGCUUGGCAGCUUAGGAAGGGGCAGUCAGUGCAUUGGCCAAAAUGGGGCAAAGAAAUUAUCUUAAUUUCUAGAAUGCAACUGAUGCCUCUUUGUCUCUGAGGGUUACCACCAUGGAUGCCACUUUGAAGAAAGGGCUGAGUGGAAGUGCACAUCUCCACAGAGCAAGUGGCAUCAGAAAUGGGAAAACUUGUGACUUUACAGAGAUAGAAAUCUGGCAGUCACAGCUAUGCAGUGGGAUUUCAAGGCGGUAGCCCCCUGGCUUCCCCGCUUUCUCAAGCACUUAUCUUUCUAAACUUAAGUCCAUUCAUUUGCAAACUGUGUGAUGUGUUGUGAAUUGUUGUUCUUGGACUAUGGCUGUUGUGGGGUCGGGGCACCAAGCCAUCUUGUUGCAUGACUCCAGAGAAGGGGAGCUCCUUAUCCAGACCACCUGCCCCUUAUGAGGGACCCUCUUUUGGCUUGAGAACCAAAAGCAGCCACUCAUUUGGUGCUUCCGUUUGUUGUUCCCUCCAUCCCACAACUGUUCGUGGCAUCUGUCUCCAGGAUCCACACUCUUCAGCUUUUUGACUGAUCUGGAGGACAGUGAUGGGUGCUUGCCUGCCUUCAUCCCCUUUUAGAUUUAUUUAUACCCCAGAUGGUUCUGUGAGAUAUUGAGCUCAUAAUGAAGCCUUAGGCUUGGCAGGAAAGACUUCACACCCCCAGCCUAUCCUCAGGCAUCCAGUAGCUGUCUCCUCCUGAGUGAGCUGGACUCCUGGGAAAGACACGUUGUCGGCAACAUUCUGUUACAGGAGCUGUACCAGGAAUGCCAAUCAUACUGUCUGGGGUGGGGCAGUACUUUGUGUUCUUUCUUUCUUUUUAAAAUAUUGUUUGUAUAUUUAGAGCUGGGCCAUUUUUCUGUGCUGUGAUUCCCUCUCUUUAAACCAUCUUCAAUGUUUGGGGCAAGAGUAGACCCUGGUUUUAAUUUCUUUGACUGCAUUGUUUACUGCACUAGAAAAAAAAAUAUAGGAAAACUGCAGACAAUUAAAAGAAAAAUAGGUCAAAAAAAAGAAAGCACACACUUAAGGAGUUGGAGGGUUUUGUUUUUGUUUUUCUUUCUCUCCCUCUCCCUCUUUCUUUUUUUUAAUUAAAAGCCAAACUUGGACCUGUAGUUUCCUUCUUUCCCCCCACCCGCCCAAGAGAAGCUACCCACCUGAAGCCAUGUUUCUUCCAACCAGUGUUGGAAUUGCUAUUUUAAAGUGAGUGAGUGAAACUGUAUCCUGCCAUCUUGCAAAAGGUUGUAUAUAGCUGGAGCUCUCCCACUUAGGAGUUGAAUCUGAAAAGCCUUAAGGGUGAACCCCAUACACUUGUGGUUUUAUGAGCCCCAUACAAUUGUGGUUUUAAGCUUUAAAGUCUGGGGUUCUGUUUUUCAUUUCAAAAUAUUUAACAGAUGUAGCAAUCAGCUUUGGACAAACCUUUGGUUCAUUAUAUAUCUUUAAUGAGGGAAGUGGCUUUUAGUUCUUGCUACUUUAGGUUUUAUUUCUUUGGCACAUUAACAAAAACUAAAUUUUUGUCUAAGCCUGAAACUCUUACUUGGACCUAGAAAGGCAUGUGUCAUUCCUGUUUCGGUUUUUAGGGACACUUCUCUCUUUCUCAAAGAUGAAAGGCCCAAUUCAGGGCAGAAGAGGAGCCAUAGGGAACACCCACCUGCCAGCUCAGGGUCCUGCCUCUCUGUCAGAGCUGUUGGCCGUGUUAUACAUGCUUCCAAAAUCAAGAGAUCUCCUAAGGUCUGAGCUUGUUAACUUUCACUAUCUGAAUAUUCUGACUGGUGAAAUACAUGAGCUUUGUUGUUUUCCUGGUC